GUCUUUGCCAAGUCACACUACACAGUGCCAAAAAUGAUGCUGGUUGCCAAGAACGCUGUGGCUGCGCGCCCCUCGGCCCGCUCCGCUCGCCGGAGCGUGGUCGCCAAGGCCAGCUCGCGCCCUCUGUGGCUGCCUGGCAGCACUCCCCCGGCUCACCUGAAGGGCGACCUGCCCGGUGACUUCGGCUUCGACCCCCUGGGCCUGGGCGCCAACGCCGAGUCCCUGAAGUGGUUCAAGGAGUCGGAGCUGGUGCACAGCCGCUGGGCCAUGGCUGCCGUCGCCGGUAUCCUGGUGCAGGAGAUCGUGCGCCCCGAUGUGUUCUGGUACAACGCCGGCAAGGAGGUUGAGUCGCCUCUGGGCCCCCUUGGCCUGCUGGCCGUCGAGUUCUUCCUGAUGCACUGGGUGGAGGUCCGCCGCUGGCAGGACCUGCGCAAGCCUGGCUCCGUGGACCAGGACCCCAUCUUCAGCCAGUACAAGCUGCCCCCCCACGAGGUUGGCUACCCCGGCGGUGUGUUCGCUCCCUUCAUCCCCGGUGACCUGGCUGAGCUCAAGGUUAAGGAGAUCAAGAACGGCCGCCUGGCCAUGCUGGCGUUCGUUGGCUUCGUGAUGGCUGCCCAGGUGACCGGCAAGGGCCCCAUCGCGGCUCUGCAGGAGCACCUGGCUGACCCUUGGGGCACCACCAUCUUCUCCAAGGCCGCCGUUGUGCCUGGCCAGGCUGUGGCUCCCCCUUGCAAGAUUCCCGCCUCGGUGUCCUACAAGGGCAUUGAGAUCCCGACCCCCUGCUUCCUGCAGGGCCUGUGGCCUUAAGCGCUUUGUCACCGUGCUCUUGAACGUCGGUGGCAGCAGCGUAGCCCUCUGUAUAGCCUAGAUGGGUCAUCCUGUGUAACAUAGGCGGAUGGUGGGCCCGCCGGGUAGCUCGUGCUGCGCGCUCGCGCGGGGACUGCGGCGGCGGGGUGGUGUUUGUGGUGGUAGUGUUUCCUCCUGAGAAGAUCUAAACCAAAGGUUUCGUGGCUUCGUGCGUGACGGAGCGUGUGAGCAGAUUGCGAUGGUGGGCCAUCCCUGUUUCCCGGGUUUUUGCGGCUCUGAAGCGUCUGCAUGGGUGAUGACGAGUUGUGGUCGGUGGUUGGACAGAGUGGAACUUAUGUGAGCAGUGCAGGAAUUAAUACAUGUGAGACCUCCUUGGGCAUCAUCCAAGUGACCUCACUGCGUACGGCGUGUAACACGCCAGAAAGUUAC